UUCUUUAUAGCUAUUAUUGAAAUGGAUUCAAGACGUGUUCCACGUGAAAAAUUGACCUGCAUCACACAAUGCAGCAAGCAAAUAUUCAAUGCUAUAAAGAUCACAAAGAAUGAGCCUGCUUCUGCUGAUGACUUCUUACCCACGCUUAUCUACAUUGUUUUGAAGGCUAAUCCACCUCGCUUACAGUCAAACAUCCAGUAUAUUACUCGAUUCUGCAAUCCAAGCAGACUGAUGACUGGAGAAGAUGGAUAUUAUUUCACAAAUUUAUGUUGUGCUGUUGCCUUCAUUGAGAAAUUGGAUGCCCAAUCUUUGAACCUGACUCAGGAAGAUUUUGAUCGCUAUAUGUCUGGCCAAGCAUCACCUAAGAAGCAGGACUCUGAGGAAUGGUCUCCUGACACAUGUCCAGGACUGAAGCAGAUGUACAAAAACCUAAAUCUUAUUUCACAACUGAGUGAGAGACAACAAAAAAUUUUGUCAGAUGCCAAGCAGCUUGAAAAAGAUCUAAUUGACUGGAGCGAAGGUGUGACAAGAGACGUUGAAGAUAUUAUUGAGAAAUAUCCACUUGAAAUCAAACCUAGAGGCCAGCCAGUGGCUGCAAUUGAUUCUGACAAUGUAGAAAAUGACAAGCUUCCACCACCAAUCCAGCCACAAGUAUUCAUUAGUUGAAAGAAUCUUAAAUGAAUGUUUAACUUGAGCUAACACUCAUUUGACAUUCAAACUGUUCACUGCUAACCGUGGCUCUGGAGCAUUCAUUACAUGAGUACAGCUGUGUGCAAACUAAUGAUUUUGUGAAAUGUUUGAAGUAAUAUUUGCAGUUCAGUUGUAAAAUAUAGAUUUGUUGGGGAUUUAUAACAAAGGCUACUUCAAAAGUUAA